CCCGCUAGAUUGGAUCAAAAAUUAAUGGCGGGCUGGGGAUGUUUUUGGGGCCAGGGACUUUUAAUAUUUGGGGGCAGCAAUUAAUUGAUGGGGGAAGUGUUUUGGACGGAAUAUUUUGUGAAAGAAAUGACACUAGGAAUAAUUGGAGGGGGCCGGAGAAUAAAAGGCAGCAAGCGGAAUUCUCUUGGGAGGUGUGGAAAUCUUUGGAGAAAAAAAGAAUUGGCAGCGCGGAGCUGGGACGAGAAUUCUUUUUGGGCGGAGCGAGCAGCUUGUUGCGGCGAUCGUGCAGAGCAGCGGGAAGCAAUUAUCAGUAUUUGUUUUCUUUUGCUUUGCUUCGUAACAUGAUGAUUAUGAACACGAUUGUUUGUUUUAUUUUUGUCAUGAACUAAACCCUGAUUUCUAGGGGAAACACCAUAGGAUGCAGCUAUUUCUAGAUUUGAUGGAUUGAUUCAUAUCUCUUUUCUUCCAAACUCUAUUGCAUGAAAUUACUUAUUGCUUUGUGUUGACUGGCCACCAAUACAGUGAUUUGUAGUUAAUUAGGUUAUUAGCGACAAUGAAACCCUAAUAACUUAACAUAUUUCAUGUGACAUAGUAACUUAUCGAAGCGACAGUGGAUUAAAUAAGAUGUUAUGCGGUCUUGAUUGGGAUAUCGUUCUUCAGGCUAAAUAGUUAAGUCAUUGAGCUACGAGAGUAGGAUUUGAUUUAAUUGUUUAGUACGUAGUAAUUCCCGACAGGGAUAGCUAGCACAAUAGUGAUAUCCUGGCUGUAGAGAUAUGGAUUAAAUUGAUUGGAAUAUGUGAAUUAAUCUGGAUAGGAUAGGUAGGGAGUCCCGGUGUUUCUCCCAGAGCUUUCUCUGUUGAUGACUCCCGACAGUUUUCAUUUAGUUACUUUGUUUAUUUUAUUUUGCUUUUAGAAAUUAGUCUCAUUAAACUAUUUUCACCUAUAGUUUGCUUUAUAAAAUUGAUAGAAUAUAAGGUUGUACCAGUCCCUGAGAGACGAUACCCGGUCUUUCCGGUUUACUACGAGAUAGGAAUUGAAGCUAUACGCUUUUGCCCUAUCAAGGUUUUGGCGCCGUUGCCGGGGACUGCCCUACCUUAUUUUUGUUGAUUUUUGUGAGUGAACUAUUUUGAUCUGGGUGUUAGUGUGCAGAAGAAUUUUCAGGUUUAUCCUCCUCGUGCAUGCCUAGAAGGACGACUGGCAAUUUACUGCCACUAGAUCCGGAGAUUGAGAAGACCUGCCGUUAGUACAAGAAGCAGGUCAAGUUAGGGAAGAAGCCAACCACAACUACUAGGCCUUCCCAAACCAAGAGAGGCAGGCUUCAUCACUUGUCGUCCCUACACCACCACCACCACCUCGUGACAUCGAGCCUGUCAUCAUGGCAGACCAGGAUCGUUCGAUCAGGGCUCGCUUGAAUCGAAAGACUGGAGCCCGAGUUUCAUGUGUUGUCAUUCCGGCUGGGAUGCAACCAUGGAAAUUACCCCAACAUUCAUCAAUAUGAUCACCAAUGGGUAUAAUUUCUCAGGGUCUAGUACUGAGGAUCCUCAUGAACAUCUUUGCCGGUUCGCGAGCAUUUGUGAUACGAUGAAGAGACCGACUGUGUCUGAUGAUGCAAUCCGUCUUCGGAUGUUCUCAUUAUCUCUGAUAGGGAAUGCAUCACACUGGUUCUAGAACCUAACACCCCGUUCCAUCACGACAUGGGGUCAGCUUGAGAAGACCUUUUUGGAUAAGUACUUUCCUCCUGCCAAGGCAAUGAAGAGGCAAGAGGAAAUUGUUACUUUUAAACAAGUUGAAGACGAGAGUCUGACCGAGGCAUGGGAGCGCUAUAAGGGGCUUUUAAUGAGAUUCCCAAGUCAUGGUCUUGAAGAAUGGAACGUGAUCUAUAUUUUCUUCAACGGAAUCAGAAGACAAUUCCGAGAUGCUCUGAAUAAUGCUUCCCGAAAUGGUUUCACAAGGAUGGAAGCACCAGAAGCAUAUGAACUAGUGGAGAAGAUAUGUUCUGAAGAUACUGAAUGGGGUAGUGAGACCAGCAUUCGAAGGAGAGGAGGUUUGCAUGAGAUAGACAGAGUUGCAAGUUUAGAAGCAAAGAUUGUUGCUAAGCUGGAUUCCAAGUUCGAUGCACUCGAACGAAGGCUGGCUAAGAUGACUCUUGGUAGAAAAGAGGAGGUUGCUUCAUGUGAACUUUGCGAGGGUACUCAUCAUAGGGAUACGUGUCCACUGGGAGCUGCUUAGUUGGAAGAUGUCCAAUAUAUCAAUAAUCCGCGAAGUCAGGGCCAGGGUGGUAUGUAUUCAAAUACAUAUAACCCUCAAUGGAGACAUCACCCCAACAUGUCAUGGUCGAAUAAUAACCCAACUGGUGUUCAAAAUAUCCCACCUCCUGGUUUUCAACAGCAGCAACCUCAACCAGAGAAGAAUCCCCAGCUGGAGGAGUUGAUUUUGGCUCAUAUGCAGAAGACAGACAAUAAUUUCAAGGGUCUUGAUCAAUUUGUCACUUAACAGCUAGCCAUCAACAAUAAUAAGCAAUCAUCUAUGCUAGCUAUGGAGAGGCAAAUAGGCCAGAUGGCUCAAACUUUGGCAGAUAUUCAGGGUAGGAUUCCAGGGACUUUACCAGCAAAUACUGAGAGGAAUCCAAAGGACGCCAUGGUUGUAGCAGUCACAUUGAGGAGUGGGAAGGAGUUGGAGGAUCCAAAGAGCAAGAAAAAUUCGGUAGAAAAGGAGGAAGAAAGUGCAAAAGCUGAAAAAAUCUUACUUGCAGAGGCAAACUGCAUGCAAUCUGCCUGUGCAUGAGCAUUCUGCCUGUGCAACUCCAAAAGUGGAAAAACUCAAGAAUGAAGAGGUAAAUUCUUAUGAACCUCCCGCACCAUUCCCUCAAAGGUUAAUGAAGCCCAUGGAAGACUCAAACUUCAAGAAAUUUGUGAAUCUCUUCAAGCAACUUCAUAUCAACAUACCGUUGGCAGAGGCACUUGAACAAAUGCCUACAUAUGCUAAAUUUUUAAGGGAGUUGCUGACGAAGAAGCGCAAAUGGGAUGAUCUAUAGAAGGUAACCCUUACUUCUGAAUGUAGUGCUGUGAUUCAGAAUAAAUUACCAAAAAAGAGGGAUGAUCCGGGCAGCUUCACCAUUCCAUGUGUCAUUGGAGGUACAGAAUUCAAUAAAUCACUUUGUGAUCAUGGAGCAGGAAUUAAUUUGAUGCCAUACUCAGUCUACAAGAAAUUGGGAUUGGGAGAUGUUCUUAAGCCUACACGGAUCACUCUCCAAUUAGCCGAUCGAUCAGUGAAAAUUCCAAAGGGAGUGGUGGAGAAUGUAUUGGUGAAGGUGGGGAAGUUUAUUCUCCCAACAUAUUUUUUUGAUUUUGGAGAUGGAAGAAGAUCGGGGAGUGCCUCUCAUUCUUGGGAGAUGACUCACUUCUACUGUCACUCCAGGAAUUGGCCAAGUGACACCACUUCCUAAAGCGUAGUAUAGAGGGUUAGGUUUAUAUGUCAACCCGGGUCCUAGAUCUGAUGACUACUCAGUGAGUUCUUGUUAUCUAGCAAUGAAACUUUAAUGCAAGU